AUGGACAGCGAUAGCACUCUUCCUGCUACAGAUGACUUUGGCUCCAGGUUCUUGGAAAUGGAUGAGUACGAUGAUGAGAAUUAUGAAGCCAUCUCAGAGGAAUCACCUGAAAGUACAAAUCGAUCCGUACUAGGAAAACGCAGAAGAAAACGAGCAGCUUCUUCGAAACGGGUUCCUUCGAAGCGACAGGUUAUCACUACGAAAAAAAUUCGUCCAGUUCGUCAAAGUCGUCGACCUCCGGCUCGGGUCACGGAUGCCUACACCGGCAGCAGUGAUAGUGACAGCGAACCAACCACCAUGUCAACUCCAGUCACUUCUCGAAGUCGAACACGUCUAGGCUAUCAGAGCUCUCAGAAUUCCCUAUGGACUCUUGAGGAUGUAAUGAUGCCCUCUGAUAAAGCCACAGACCAAGGUGGGAUCUCGACCGCCGUCGCCACCCUCACUCCUGAGCAGUUGGAAAUUCGUCAGCGUCGGAUUGAGCGUCGGCGUGAGUCGGCUAAAAAUAAGGCGGAGAAGGAGAUGCAAGACACCGUGGAACGCCUCCUUCGCGUUAACACAGAGUACGCAGGUGGCUCAGGCAACAGUGGUGGACGCGGUCGAUUGCGCCGUACGGCUCCCUCAGUUGAAAUGGGUGCUGAUUCAGAGGAUUCAGAGGGGGAAAAAAAGAAGAGAAAUGCUUUGCAUCCCUCCUUGCCGUUGGAUCCCCCACUUGGUAGCGUGCGUUUUAUCUCUUCCCUGCGCAUUCAACCCCAUUGUCUCAUUGCUCUUCCCGCAGAAGUAACUGAGGGAGAGAACUAUCUCUUGCUUCGUUCUCAACUUGCUCCACCUCCCCCAAAACUUCGGCUUUGUGAGCAAUGUCAUGCGGCCCCACGGCGAUAUGCUUGUGCUCGAACUGGACGUUCAUUGUGCAGCCUAGAAUGUUUCAGAGCCUGUUGA